UUGCUGGUUCUGCAGGUGGUUCUGUGCUUGGUGCUCCUGGUUCUGAGCCCGGCCGACUCUAAAUCCUCCCAGAAGAAAAUCUGCGACAUCAACCUGAAGAUUCACAAAGAUUUCCCUGAGUCAGACUCCGAGACUCAGGGAGGAAACGGCAACAUCCACGCCCGCUCACUCUCCCCCUGGAACUGGACAACACACACCUGCCCCCACCAGAUCCCGAGGGUCAUCUUCGAGGCGGAGUGUCAGAACCACUACUGCACCGACCCGAACAGCAACCUGCAGACCGAGCUGAACUCCGUCCCCAUCUACCACUACAUGCUGGUGCUGCAGCAGGACAAGCAGGACCGCUGCGUCACCGUGUCCUACCAGAAGGUGGCAGUGGGCUGUACUUGUGUGUGGGCUCAAUCCUCCUGAAACAUCCUGAAACAUCUCGAAACGUCCUGAAACAUGCAAAAAAAAUCCAGCCCAGCAAGAUCUAAACUAAUUUAAAUAAAUUAAUUUAUUUAGUUAAUAAUUGUUUUGAAUGAAUGUGAAUGAUAAAGUGUUCUGUAUGAUUAUGAUGGUGUUGUCGUAUGUGUGAUAAAUAUAAUUUAAUGCUAUUGUUGCUAUAGGCGUGAUAAAUAUAAAUAAAUACUGUUGAUUGCACUGUCUAUGUGGGUUUGGCUUAAUUUCUCAUUGUUAUUAUUAUUAUUAGUAGUAGUAAUAGUAGUA